GCGCACACGCAUUCUGACCUGGUCCGUUGCCGGGUUCGGACGUUUCUGCGCGCAUUCAUUACACAUACGCUCCUCCACUCGCACACACACACACGCCGCCGUCGUCGUCGUAGUAAACCGUACACGCCGCGCGUAUUACCACGUCUCAGUCGAUCUUUUAUCGAUCAUUUUUUUUUUUGUUUUUCGAGAUACGAAUAAAGACAGCACUCUCAUAAUAAUCUCGUGGUUUUCUGUUCCUUCUCGUCGUACGGUGUCCACCUCGCUCGCGCAUACGCACACACACACUUAGGCACACUUAACCUACAUCAUAAUAUAUAUAGAUUCCAUAUAUUGUCCACUGCGAAAUCGUAUCAAUCAUGGACUUGUUGUGUUGCGAAUCGACUUCGAAGAGCGUCGCUCAGAAGGACCCGACACUGCUGCUGGACGACCGUGUGUUCGAAACAAUGCUUAAGUCUGAGAUCAGGUGCUUGCCGGCUCCAGACUAUUUGGCGACCGUCCAGAACGACCUCACGGCCAACCUAAGGAAGAUCGUGGUUGAUUGGAUGUGGGAGGUCUGCGAAGAGCAAAAGUGCCAAGAAGACAUUUUUCCAUUGGCCGUCAACUAUAUGGACAGGUUCCUGUCGGUUAAUCCGAUCAAUAAAAAUCACCUACAGCUACUGGGCACCACUUGCCUGUUGGUCAGCUCUAAACUUCGGGAGUCCGACUGCCUUUCCGUCGACCUUUUGGUUCUGUACACGGACAAUACCAUUACUUCUGAAGAAUUGUUGAUGUGGGAGCUGCUCCUGUUGAGCAUCCUGAAAUGGGACGUGUCCGCGAUCACAGCUCAUGACUUCCUAUGGUAUAUACUUAAAAGACUGAACAUGGACACGGCCAAGCCGUUCGUGGACAUUGUUAUCAAACACUGCGGCACAUUCAUCGGCAUGUGCGCCAGAGGGUAA